GCAAGAAUUAGGGCGCAGGAAAACGUUACAACAAACGCAUAGAGAAAUGAAACUACAAGACCAUUUAAUGGCAUAAGUCAUCAGCGAUCAAUCCUAAUGAUACACAUGGAAAUUGAGGGAACAUCGGAGGAGGCCUGUUACAUUGACUUUGAAAUAUGGCAGAUAUAAACAUAGGGUUUUUCCUUUCGAUUGCAGUUUGCAGUAUGAGAUUCAUCGAAUGUGCACCUUCACAAGAUCUAACAUGCCGUGAACUCCGUGAGUAUAAGAAGGUCUUGCCUGAUGGAACGGAGGCAUGUGUUCCCUGCUCAAAAUGCCCACGUGGACAGUGUUUUGUCAACCACUGUUUCGAAGAAACGGACACUGCAUGUAGAAAGCCUCGUCAAAAUGAGUACAUCGAAAGACACGUCUGUACAGUUUGCAGUGGUUGUGAAGGAAGGAGAGCCGUUCUCAAAAAUUGUACGAAACACUCUGAUACCCGUUGUGGAGACUGUCUAGAAGGCUAUACAUGGGACUCAAUGCUCGAGGAAUGUCUGCCACUGACAAAUGAACAUAAAUCGGCAUUUCGUUUGAGCCAAUUUACGUCAGAAUCACAUGAAGCUGGGAUAAUAACAACAACAACAAAGAUGAAUGAUAAAUCCACGACGUUAAUCCUAGCAGGUAAAGCUGAUGAUCAGUAUGUUGACGGUAUCAUUGGACACGUUUGGCUAUUGGUAGGCACAUCAGCAUCAAUAGUGGCUUUUAUCUCGAUUAUCAUAGUGGUCGUGUUCGUUAAACGUAAUCAUAAACGCAAACUACAGGACAAUGUAUUCACAAAGAGCCAAGAUGAGUUUGGUCAACAUGAACUCGAAACGAAUAAGGUGACAGAGCAACUUAUUGUCAACACUGUUGACGACGAAACUAAAAGUGGAGUAGAAAAUCGAACGAUAUGUAUUGAUUGUGUUUCAAACAAGGAUUCCAACACUUUCAUGUAUCAUCCAGAUUCAGAUGCUUGGACAACUAACACGAAGGAGACAUAUUGUCAAGAUUCCAAGCAGCUUGAAGACGCUCGGGUUAACCUAAAGCUCAUAUAA